GCAUUUCCCAGCUGCAGUAAAUCUACCAUGCGCCAACAGUUUAAUUAGCCAAGACAACAGGUGAAAGUAAACAUGGAAGAGUUAUUCGCGUCCAGUUAAAACUUUAUUUUAGAUAGUCCGCCAUGGCGAAGCAGUACGAUGUUCUCUUCCGGCUGCUCCUGCUCGGCGAUUCGGGGGUCGGAAAGACUUGCAUGUUGCGUCGCUUCACGGACAGAGAGUUCGACUCUGGACACAUCUCCACCAUCGGUGUGGAUUUUAUAAUGAAAACGCUAGAAAUAGACGGAAUCAAAGUGCGAAUACAAAUAUGGGAUACCGCCGGUCAGGAACGCUAUAAGAGCAUCACCAAACAGUACUACAGGCGUGCACAGGGUAUCAUCUUUGUUUAUGACAUCACAAACGAGCCCUCCUUUCAGCACAUAGUGAACUGGGCCAGCGACGUGGAUGAGUUUGCCCCAGAUAAGGUACAGAGGAUCUUAGUCGGGAACAAAUCGGAUGACGAGACCAGAAGGUGCGUGACAAAAGAAGAAGGAAGCAAGGCUGUACUGCAUCAAAAAUUGGCAUCAGUGUGCAAAGGAUAUCACCACAUCGACUCAGGAGCACUUCAGAAAACAACGCUAGCUGAAAGAUAUGGAAUGGACUUCUUUGAGACCAGUGCAUCUACCAGCAACAACAUUGACAAGUCGUUCACUCAUGUGGCAAAACAAGUGCUGCAGGCUCACAAGACAGAUGUGGACAACCUGUUGGGUUCGACUGAUGGUAAUUUAAACGAGGCUGCGCUGGAUGAAAGCAGUCAAGAUCACGUCAACAGCAUUCAGAGGAUGUCGUUCAUCGUCAAGACCUUUUAUGACCUGAAGGCCACCACGCUGGAGGGCGACCUGGUGGACUUCAACGUGUUCCGAGGGCGAGUGGUGCUGAUAGAGAAUGUGGCCUCGCUCUGAGGCACCACCAGCCAGGACUUCAGCCAGCUCAACCACCUCCAGAGCAAGUAUCCACAUCGGCUGGUGGUCCUGGCUUUCCCCUGUAACCAGUUUGGAUAUCAGGAGAAUUGUACCAAUGCCGAGAUCCUAAAUUCACUCCAACAUGUACGUCCAGGAGAAGGAUUCCAACCUAACUUCACCGUCUUUGAGAAGUGUGACGUGAACGGAUCAAACACUCAUCCCGUCUUCGCCUAUCUCAAAGACAAACUCCCAUAUCCUGAAGAUGACCCCACACCUCUCAUGCAGGACCCAAAAUAUCUGGUUUGGAGUCCUGUUAAUAGGACGGACGUGUCCUGGAACUUUGAAAAGUUCCUCAUCGCACCCGAGGGAGAGCCUUUUAAAAGAUAUAGCAAAACCUUCCCCACAGUUAACAUAGAGCCUGAUAUUCAGAGAUUAUUAAAACUAACCAAAACUUUAAAAUGAGGACUUUUUAAUCCACAUGUCUGAGUCUUAUUUCAUGACGGUGAUAUUUUUAAAACACAAAAGACAUAUCAUCUGACGCUCCAUAAGUGCUAAAAAGUGGUGGAUGCAUAAAGUCAACCCCUCUGUUCUCAAUUGAGCUAAUAAAGUAAAUGUGUUGUGUGUUUGCUUAGCCAGCAGAUGGUGCUAUACACUUGAUUAAAGAUAUGAUGCUGCAAUGCUUUUAAUCAACAUUCACCUCACACACUUGCAAGAUUUUUGGUUGCAGGAAAAUGUUUCAAAGCUUGUUUUACAUGUUUCAAAAACAGUUUUGGAGACAUUUUCUCUGUGCCUGUGAUGCAAUCUUUCAAUAAACAUGACACGACUGCUGCACAAUUCAAUCAA